AUGCUUCCCCUCCGCCGCAAAUCGCGCCGAUGGAUCACAAUCGUUGCGCCGUUGAUCGGAUUCGUGGUCCUGCUGCAGUUCCUGCGUGGUCCGCAAUGGUUCAUGGUAGCCAAGUCGCCAAGUCAGAUUAGUCCUCGGGGGGGCACUUCCCCGGACCAACAGCAGCUGCAAAAACAACAACCACCACCACCACCACCACCACCAAUACCACCUAAAAAGCUAGCUGCACCGACGAGACAAGCUCAAAGAGAACAGCAGCCAUUACUCGUACCGCCGCAACAGCAACCGAAUAGUAAUACCAAAAAGUUCGCAUGUCCGUCUCUACCGGGCAUCGAGGAUGUGCUCGUCGUCUUGAAAACAGGGGUAACUGAAGCACUCGACAAAGUACCCAUCCACGCCCGAACGACCUUUCGCUGCGUUCCGAAUUUCGUGAUUUUCUCGGAUCAUGCGGAACAGAUUGAGGGUGUGCAGCUGUACGACGUACUACAGAAUGUGCAAGAGGAUGUGCGGUUAACCAUCGAAGACUUUGAUCUCUACAAUCGGUUGCGGGUGUCUGGUCGUGCGGGAUUACAAAAAGCCGAUUCUACGGAAGAGGAGAAUGGGGUGUUUGGUAUGCCGAACAACCCCGGUUGGAAAUUGGACAAAUGGAAGUUUCUGCCUAUGAUCGAUGAAGCGCUGAAGCUCAAACCGGAUGUGAAAUGGUAUGUCUUUAUGGAGGCCGAUACACACAUCGUCUGGGCGAAUUUGGUUGCGUGGCUUUCUCGGCUGGAUCCGCGGGAGCCGUUGUAUUUGGGUACCGAGACGCAGAUUGGCGACGUGUUGUUUGCGCAUGGCGGGUCCGGGUUUAUCCUGUCGCAGCGUGCGAUGAGGAUGGUGUCGAAACAGUACGCCAAGAAAGCGAAGGAGUACAAUGCAUACACGAACGAAGAAUGGGCGGGGGAUAUGGUGUUGGGCAAAGUGCUGAAAGAUGCCGGUGUGGAUUUGACGUUCACCUGGCCGCUGUUGCAGAAUGCAAAGUUGGGGGAGAUUGAGCCGUUGACAAACGCGUUUUAUCGGCAGCCGUGGUGUUUUCCGGUUGUUGGGUUUCAUCAUCUUAGUCCCGAGGAUGUGGAGGAGAUGUGGAAGUUUGAUCAAGAUUGGUUUAUUAAGAAGAAAAAUAAAUACCUCCUCCAUUCAGACGUCUUCCGUGAACGGAUCCUCCCGUAUAUGCGUCCCGGCAUCCAAGAAGACUGGGACAAUCUCUCCGGCGACCUCGUCGAAGACAUGUUGGUGGAGAACGUGCAUGACUGCCGCCGCAUCUGUGAAGCGGACGGCUUAUGUCGGCAAUACAGUUUCCGUUGGAGCGAAGACCCGGAUGUUGAAGGCGAAUGGAAACCGGAAUGUCGAACCUUUGAGUCGCCGCGGUUGGGUGUUGCGCGCGAGGGCACGCAGUCCGGUUGGAUGAUGACGCGGAUUGAGGUUACGGCGAGAGCGAAGGGGAAGUGUGAGAGUGUUGAAUGGGAGUGA